GUUUAGCUACAACUGUAUGUUAUUCCAUUGCCGAAUCCAUUUUUGCAGUGUUCACGAUUUCCUCAGGUGGCUUGGAGGGUCAUGUUUCUCGUGAUUGCACGAUGGAGGUCAAGGCUAAGUCUUGCUACAAAUGUGGUCAAGAGGGUCACAUUGUAUGUUUUCUGAGGAUGUUGGUCAAUCUUUUUACUCAUUGGACUCAGUCUCGCGAUUGCCCUGACGCUGGUGCAGGCGGUGGCAGCUAUGGUGGGGGAUUCUCCAGCCAGGAGUGCUACCGCUGCGGCAAACCCGGCCACAUUGCGCGCGCAUGUCCUGAGGCCGCAGGAGGCAACUCUAGCUAUGGAGGCGGAGGCGGAGGCAAUUAUUCUGCUUUUGGUGGCGGAGGCUCGAAGACUUGGUUUGUCUCUAUUAUGUCCAUCUUGCAUUGUACUAAUUCGCCAUACGCAGCUAUACCUGCGGUGGUGUAGGUCAUCUGUCGCGCGACUGCGUUCAGGGCUCUAAGUGCUAUAACUGCUCGGGUGUGGUACGUUGCUCUGCAUGUAAAUGGUUCUUUGGUUCACAUCCGCCGAUUUAGGGCCACAUCAGCCGUGACUGCCCUCAACCUCAGAGGCGCGCCUGCUACACGUGUGGUUCAGAAGGGUGAGCAUGUCCAGAUGUCCUCAUGUUCCUCUUGUUAAUC